UAGAGAAUGUAGAUAUCCACUACGAUUCAUGUGUUGUACUAACAGAGGGAAUACGUAUCAAUUAACAAAAUAGAUUUAAAUUUUUAAUAAUGUCGGAAAAGAAAACAGUAGAAUUGUUUUACGAUGUAUUAUCUCCAUAUUCUUGGUUCGGAUUUGAGAUUCUGGUCCGUUAUGUAUCUAAAUGGAAGAAGAUGGACCUAAAAUUGAAACCGGUCUCAUUGGGUGAUAUAAUGAAGGCAUCAGAUAAUCAGCCUCCAGGUGUAAAUCCAAUCAAAAUGCAAUACAUAGGAAAAGAUCUGAUGAGACUCGCAAAACACACUCAAGUCCCAAUGAAUAUUCCUUCUAAUCCGGAGGAGGUGAUAUUUAAAAAAGGUUCCAAGUCAGCCAUGUUGUUUGUAACAGCAGUAGAUAUGGACUACCCAGAAUACACAGAAGAACUUUCCCGCCAGUUUUGGAUGAGAGUUUGGAGCAGAGAUGAAGGAAUAACAGAGGAUGGACAUUUUACACAGGCAGCAAAGAAAGCGGGAAUGAAAGACGACAUAAUAAAAAAAGCAUUAAAAAGAUCAAAAGACAAAGAUGUUGCUGACAGACUGCAAGCUUUUGCUGAUGAGGCACGGGCUAAUGGGGCAUUUGGGGCACCAACAAUGAUUGUCCAUGUAAAUGGUGAAAAAGAAAUGCUAUUUGGUUCUGAUAGAUUUAAUAUUUUAGCCGAAAUGCUGGAUGAGAAAUUUGACGGUCCCCAGAAUCAAUUGUCAAAGAAUAAAGUAUAAGACGGAAGUGUCGUAGUAGAUAUGUAACUAUCUUGAUAAACUUUUACCUUGUAUUAGUUGUUACUUAUUGUACUCAUUUUUUUCAUUUUGUUGUAUUAUGGUCAUUAAAAUGAUUUUCAUCUGGUA